AUGCUUCUUGGUAUCAUUUUUGCCCUGUGGGGUGUUUCGCUCGCAGUGGCUAAAUCCGCCGCGAACUUCAAUGCAUCGAACUCAACUCUGAGUUCCCUAGGCUGCGAUGCUACAUGCCAAAGGUCCUUUCGCGCGGGACGAAAGCAAGAUAUUGAAAUGUUUGGAACGGACUUCGACUUCAACUUCUAUGCCACUGCUGGCAACUUCUCCUCGUCAAAUCCUGGCGACCUCCUCAAGUUCCAACCUCUGAACGGUACAUCCCUGAAUGUGAUUUAUGGGCUUGCUGCCUACCGAUACCAGUAUACCUCCGUCAGCUUGAACGGAACUAUGGUGCCUGCUACGGGAUUUAUUGCAAUUCCUUACAGUUCAGCUCGCCAAGAUGGGAAAUACCCCGUCAUCGCCUAUGCUCAUGGCAGCAUUGGAAUUUUCGCGGGAUGCCCACCUUCCACCACCGCCAAGCUCUACGACUACAAUACCUGGAGUGUGCUUGCCCAGAGCGGGUAUGCCAUUGUUGCCCCAGACUACGCGGGACUCGGGAACAACUAUAUCGAGCACGAAUACAGCAGCUUCCCAGCCCAUGCCAAUGACCUCUACUACGGCAUGGUUGCAGCUCGGAAAAUCUUCCCCAGCACCUUCACAGACAAGUGGGCAAGUAUUGGCCAUUCUCAGGGUGGCGGAGCUGUCUGGAAGCUAUCUGAAAGUCCCCUCAUCGAGUCAGGGGCAGCUGGAAACUACGUCGGAACUGUCGCCGUGGCGCCAGGCUCAAGGCUUUAUGAUUUGAUCCUUCUCACAGCAGAGGAAAUCUUUCCCAAGCCCGACUACAACAAAUACUAUAUCACGUAUAUAUUCUUAUGGCUCACAACCACCCUUCGACGUGCGAUUCCCUCGGCGGAUAUGUCAGUCUUCUCUCCAGAGCUUCUGCAACGUGCUAAAAUUGCGGAUCUCACGCAAUCCUGCAAUGACGGGGCCCUGGCCCUUGGACUCGGGCUGUCACCCAGCGAAAUAAUCAGCAGCACAGCCGCGCUCAAGAACAGCACAGACUUCGCCAAAUGGCAGAACAUGAAUGCUCCAGCCAUGGGAUCCAAAGGACAUCAACCUCUUUUGAUUGUGCAGGGACUGUCAGAUACCACUAUUCUACCCCAGAUCACCAUUGAUGCCUUCAAUGACACCUGUCAAUUUGGUAAUGAGGCACAUUUGAAUCUGUAUCCGGGUAUCGAUGACGGGGAUAUACUCGGGGCUAGUUCCCCUGAUUGGUUGCGUUUCUUGCGUGAUCGUUUUGAAGGGAAAAACACAAGUGGAGUGUGCAAGAAGACUGUUUCUGGUGCUUUUGAUGCUACUCAUAUGGUGAAACUGGAUCAGUCGAGUAUCGUCUUAGACCUUUAA